AUGAAAAAAAUAUUCGUAACUAUUGCCAGCCUGCUGGCAUUAAGUUUAGUUAAUUGUGAUGUGUACUUUGAAGAGAAAUUCCCUGAUGACUCCUGGGAAUCCAGUUGGGUGUACAGUGAACAUCCAGGAAAAGAAUUCGGCAAAUUCAAACUGACCGCUGGAAAGUUCUACAACGACCAGGAGGAAGAUAAAGGUCUUCAGACAUCAGAAGAUGCGAGGUUUUACGCCCUUUCACGCAAGUUCGAGCCGUUCUCUAACGAAGGCAAGCCUUUGGUUGUUCAGUUUUCUGUAAAACAUGAACAGGAUAUUGAUUGUGGCGGUGGAUACCUCAAGGUUUUCGACUGCAAGUUGGACCAGAAAGACAUGCACGGAGAAAGCCCCUAUGAAAUCAUGUUUGGACCCGACAUUUGCGGACCCGGAACCAAGAAGGUUCAUGUGAUCUUCAGCUACAAAGGCAAGAACCACCUAAUCAAACAAGACAUUCGCUGCAAGGAUGAUGUUUACACUCACAUGUACACACUCAUUGUGAAACCCGAUAACACAUAUCAAGUUCUUAUCGACAAUGAAGAAGUUCAGGCCGGCAGUCUUGAGGAACACUGGGACUUCCUACCACCUAAGAUGAUCAAGGACCCCGAAGCCAAAAAACCCGAGGAUUGGGAUGACCGUGCCACAAUCCCUGACCCGGAAGACACCAAGCCAGAAGACUGGGACAAACCUGAACACAUCCCAGACCCUGAUGCAGCCAAGCCCGAGGACUGGGAUGAUGAGAUGGACGGAGAAUGGGAACCACCGAUGAUUGACAACCCUGACUACAAGGGAACAUGGGCGCCUAAACAGAUCCCCAACCCUGCUUACAAAGGCGCGUGGGUACAUCCUGAAAUCGACAACCCUGAAUAUACUCCAGAUCCCAAUCUAUACAAGCGGGAUGAACUAUGCGCUAUCGGUCUAGACUUGUGGCAGGUUAAGUCUGGAACUAUCUUCGACAAUAUACUCUUCACCGAUGAUGUGGAACUUGCUAAGGAGAGGGCUGAGGUGGUUAAGAAGACUCAAGAGGGAGAGAAGAAGAUGAAGAACGAACAGGAUGAGGUUGAGAGGGAGAAGGACAAGGAUAAGAACGAGGAAGAAGAUGAUGAGGACUUGGAUGAUGAGGGAUUAGCAUCACCUGUGGUGAGUCAUACUAUCAUUAUAUAA